CGUCAGCCGCGGCCAUGGCGGACCCCGGCGAGGCGGGACGGGAUGAGCCCGGCGCCGCCGCUGCCCGGGAGCCGCCGCCCGCGGCGUCAUCCCCGCCCGGGGAAGGGGCGGCGGAGGAGCCGGCGGCCGCAGAGGCGGCGGGGGAGGGCGAGGCGGGGGAGGCUGGAGGUGGCGGCGAGCCCAAGGCGGAGGCGCCGGACGGGGAGGUGAGGAGCGCGGAGGGGGAGGCGGUGGACGGGGAGGACCCCAACCUGCAGGCGUCCGCGGCCAAGAAGGUGAAGCUGGAGCUGAAGGAGAGGAAGGAGAAGAAGCACAAAGUGGACGAGGACGAGAUCCAGAAGAUGCAAAUCCUGGUCUCCUCCUUCUCCGAAGAGCAGCUGAACCGUUACGAGAUGUACCGUCGCUCUGCCUUCCCCAAAGCCGCCAUCAAACGGCUGAUCCAGUCCAUUACCGGCACCUCUGUGUCUCAGAACGUGGUUAUCGCCAUGUCCGGCAUUUCCAAGGUCUUCGUUGGGGAGGUGGUGGAGGAAGCACUGGAUGUGUGUGAGAAGUGGGGGGAGCUGCCCCCUCUGCAGCCCAAGCACAUGCGAGAGGCCGUCAGGAGGCUCAAGGCACGAGGACAGAUCCCCAACUCCAAAUACAAAAAGAUCAUCUUCCACUGAAGUGUCUCACAAGCAGCAAGAGAAGAUAGAAGUCAAAACAACCUUCUGGUGGUGAAGCCAACAGUUAGAGCAGAGCUCUGAGACUGCAGCUCCUCUGGGAGCAGUGUGAGGGGCACUGCUGGGGUCAGUGCUGGGGGCUGGCUCGUUCCCAAAGCACCACACAGGAGCCAAGGCCUUGACCCAGCACCUUGGGCUCCUCUGCUUCAACAGGAGGGACAGGAGUGUUCAUGUCGUGGCUGUGUUCACCCCCAGGCUGAUGCUUUCUGCUGGCACAGAUGCAGGGGUGCCUCUUUGUACAUUAAAGUUGUUACUGUGUGCUUGGUCUUGCUGUGA